AUGUCGAUGAUUCCGAGCAUGUAUUACAGCGGUCGCACCGUUCAUCAUGAGCCUUACUACCACCAUCAAACAGUUCGGGAUCCGUUCCAAGAAUUCCGGUACGGCGGGAGCAGCCUUGUUUCGGCAGUGGCCACGCCUGUUUUCCCCUCCGAAUCGCGGUUUGAGCUCACGAAGCUGGACUGGAAGGAGACCCCGGAAGCUCACGUGUUCGUAACGGAACUUCCGGGGCUGAAGAGGAACGAAGUGAAGGUGGAAGUGGAGGGGAGAGUGCUGUGCAUCCGCGGUGAGAAGAGCAUGGAGAAAGAAGUGAGCGCGUACAUGUGGCAGCGCGUGGAACGUAGCAGUGGGUCGUUUGUGAGGCGUUUCAAGCUGCCUGAUAAUGCGAAGCUGGAUAAGCUGACAGCGUACUUGGAGAACGGGGUGCUGACCAUCACGGUUCCUAAGAAAGAAGCCAAACACUGCCCUAGAAGAAGCGUUGAGAUCCAUGGUGGCGAGUGAUCGGUUUCCCUUUUGCUUAACAAUUUCAUAGGGAAAAGUCUUGAUGGCCUUAUUAUAAAUAAAGAAAUCUCAUAUCAAAACGUGUGUGCUCCACUUAUUGUCUAAGACUUAAGGAAUGAUGUAUUAAAGGGUUUGAGAUUAUGUGAUUAAGUAUAAGUAUGGUGCUAAGAUGGUUGUC